AUGGAGGGUAGACUUUUCCGUUUUGACUACACAUAUUAUCCAAAUAUCUACGGCUGGCUCAAACUCCACGUGAUACCUGCAACCUGGCGUGACGCUUGGCUGAUAUGUGAUCUUGAAGGAUCAAACACGACUCAAUGGGCCUUUUAUACUGGCGUACACGCGAUUUUCUCUAAAGGAUAUUUCUUUUCUAUUGAAGGUGUAUCUCUGUCAAAAAUGCCGGUGCGAUGGGCAGCCGGGGAACCAGACAACGUGAAUAACCACGAGGAUUGUAUUGUCUGGACCGACGGUAGAGUCGCGGACGUGAAUUGUUCCAAAUUGUUUCCGUACAUGUGUUUCAAGAGAAAAACUAAAGACAUGGUCAUGACUUCAUGUGGAACUGUCGACAAGGAUUAUGAAUUGAGUCCUCUAACUGGUAAUUGCUACAAGUUCCACCGCCACGAAAGAACUUGGCAUCGAGCACAUAUGACCUGCGCAGCUGAAGGUGGCUAUUUGGCUGUGAUCAAUAGUCAAGAAGAGGCUCUAAUCUUGAAAAAAAUAUUCGACAAAAAUUAUUCUAAAAAUUUUCCUGGUUCAUACACUAAUCAGAUACACAUUGGUAUGCAUGAUUGGGAUGACCCCGGUGUUUGGAGGACUAUCCAUGGGUUGAAGAUCGAGGAAGCAGGCUACGCAAAAUGGUCUUCAAAACAACCUAAUAAUGUUGAACCUGGUCAGCACUGCGGAUCUAUGUUUAAUACCACUAAACUGAACGAUUUCUGGUGCGACCGAUUAGCUCCAUUCAUUUGUGAGAAGAGCCCAAACAGCCUGUUAGAUGACGGUAUCUCAGAAUAACUGCUAAAUCCUUUGUAUAAAUUACCUUAAAACUAUUCUUUUUUACUUUUGAGACAAAUUGACAACUUUAUCGUCACCUAAUGCCUACGAUCAUCUAAAAUACUUUGAUUUUGUCAUUGUGAUUUUGUCAAUAUUAUAAAAAAAGGAAAUAAAAUAUCCUAAAAUCUA